UCUCAAUUGAGUUGGCAUGGUUUUAGCAAUUAGAUUUUCUAUAUAUAAUAAUAUCUACAAGAACAAAACAUACUCAUCAUUCCACAACACAACCAUGGCCACCAAAUCUGCCCUCUUCUUCUCCAUUCUCCUUUCCUUCUCUGCCAUAGCUUUCUCCGAUAAUCCAGAUUGCGUGUACACGGUGUAUAUCAGAACAGGGUCGAUCCUGAAAGCAGGGACGGACUCGGUGAUUACCGCCACGCUCUACACGGCUGCCGGGGAUGGAAUCAGGAUUAUGGAUCUGGAGAAAUGGGGCGGGUUGAUGGGACCCGGCUACAACUACUUCGAGAGAGGUAAUCUCGAUAUUUUCAGUGGAAGAGGUCCAUGCCUGAGCGGACCCGUGUGUUCAUUGAACCUGACCUCUGAUGGAUCGGGUCCGCACCAUGGUUGGUACUGCAACUAUCUGGAGGUGACCACAACAGGGGUUCAUAGCCCGUGCGAUCAACAACUGUUCACGGUGGAGCAGUGGUUGGCUCUGGAUAGGUCGCCGUAUAAUCUGACCAACAUCCAAAAUAAUUGUCCCAGUGGGAGUGGGAGUGAGAGUGGCCGGGAUUUGAUCCGAUCAGGUGACCCCAAUUUGAAGUUGAAGCAGGUGGUUUGAAUAUGAUGUACGCAAUAAAACUGUUGUAAGAGAAGGAAAGUGGAAGAGGUUAUAAUCGAUGAUUGAGCAGGAUUUUGGGAAUUAAAUCAAAGGGGUGUUGUGUAAUUGGUAUGUUGGGUGAGAAGCAAUAGUUAAAUGGAGAGCAGCAGCAGUGUUUUGUUGUUGGUUUACUUUACUUUUUGAUCGGAUCUUGUUUGUUUGUCAGGAAUGAUGAACAAAUGGGUGAGUAAGAAAAGGAGCAACAAAGAAAAAACAGCAUUUAAUCCUAAUAAUAAUGAAAGUUAAUGUGGGCAAGUGGGCCGUGGAGGGGAUUUUGUCCGGAAGCCAUUUGUCUUCGCAUUGACCGAUCAUCUUUUUAUUUUAUUAAAGUUAAAAACUUAGUAUCAUA